CUCAUAUAUUUUAGUAGUACACACAAAGGCUCCUCUAAGUAUUUUAAAGUUGUUCCAUGCCCCUUCACUAUCUGCCUCUUGUCUUCUUUUUCUCAUUCUGUCUUCAAGAUGGUAUUUUGAAGAAGAUAGCGGAUAUUUGCUGGCUGCAUCCCUCGAUUAAGAGUUUGGUUUAGUUUAAGUGUAACAAGAUUGAGAUUUUUUGAGUGAAGUUUUUAUGGAUCAUAUCUUAUCUAGAGAGAGCGAUUUUGAGGUUGAUCUUGAGAGCUCUAGGAGUACGAGUGGAGAAGCCGGAAAUAAUAAUUCUACUUUGGAUGCUAAAGCAGGGAAUGUACUUUUCACUAGUGUCUUUAAUGGUGAUGGUGAAGAACUUUCUAAAGCUGAAAAUGGAUUGAAUAUGAACAGCUAUACACAGGAUGGGGAUGAGCUUACUCGGGGGAGUGUUAGUGUAUUUAUAGACGAGGCAAGUUUAGCAGAGAAGAAGAAGAGCAAAGAAAAACGUAAAUCCACGAGUGCUAAGAAGCCUCCCAAACCUCCUAGACCUCCCAGAGGAUUGUCAUUGGAUGCUGCUGACCAUAAAUUGAUUAAAGAGAUUGCGGAACUCGCUAUGAUUAAACGUGCACGGACUGAGAGAAUGAAGGCUUUGAAGAAAAUGAAAGCAGCAAAAGCAUCGCCGCCAUCAUCAGCAUUGAAUGGCAGUUCCCUUGCGUUGCUCUUUACUAUUUUCUUCUUUUUUGUGCUAUUGUUUCAAGGGAUAUCUUAUAGAAGUUCAACUAUGAACUUUUAUGAUUCAGUCCAAUCUGGCAGGGUAAGGGAGAAUAGGUUCAUUAUUGUACAGGAAGACUCUAAUUUAUCCACCAGUACUGCCAUCGUCGUGGGCUCUGGCUCUUCUGAUAAAGUGGAGCAAGCUUCUGGUUUAAUUCAUGGAAAUAGUCUGAAAAGUAUCACAAGCUGAAAUUCAGUAACAGGGUGGAACUAUUCAAAUAUGACCACGAUUGCCUCUAUGUUUUGCCUGAAGGAGUUCUAUCAUCUAUGUAAGUGACUCGGCACAUGACUUGCCUAAUUUGUAUACCUGUACAGUGAUUGAUACUGGUUGAUUGAGAUGAAUAACCACUGGCAUAGCACUCUAAGGAUGACUCGAAAUUGCCAAUUCACUAGAGAGCCUCAUAUUGUAAAAUAACUUUCUAAGCAUAAUUUCCAUGAAUGUUCUGAGAAGACAAAUGUUAUGAUAUCUGGACUAGUUAAAUAGUGCAUAGUACACUCACAACAAGAACCCUGUAAUUUCGGAUCAACCAUUUUAACUUGUUUACUAACCGUA